AGCUUAUAGGCUCAAAGUUCAGAGGCUGCGCGUGUGCCACUCCACGCGGGAAUAACAUGCAGCCUCCAGGGAUCGCAGCCCUCGGAGAAAUUAUGUCACCUGGCGGGUCACGGCUGUCCGUUGACGACGACGGUUGGAUGCUCACGGGAAUUGGCCCUGGGCUGUACAUCCGCGCGUCGUGCCCCAAGCUGCACGGAAGAGUGGGCAGCACCCGUUGGGCGAAGACGUUGUUCUUCCAAGGUGCUGCUCUCGAAUACAUGGAGGUGGCCGUGCCCGGACUCCACCCGGCCCCAGGGCUGGCGGUGGCGGGCCGCUGCGGCGCGGACGGCGGCAACGCGCCGCCGUUCAGCUGGCGGCUCACCCUGGCUCUGCGCCAGGGCGACCUGCUGCUGAUGCGCCUGGAGACGACGCUGGACGAGAGCGACGAGGAGGUGGUGUUGGAGCGAGUGCAGCUCGCGCCCCUGCAGCUGCACGCGCUGCCCGGCGGCGAGCGGGGCCCCGCCUCCGACGGCGCGCCUCCGCGGGCUCCCGCCCCCGCGGGCUGGCCCGCGUGCCGGCCCCAGGCUUGGGGCAAGCUCUUGCGGCAGGUGCUCGCGAGGGACGCCGGCACGCGGCGCAGGAGCCCGGAGCACUCGUCGUUCCUGGUCAACGGCUGGCAGAGCUUCAGCUUCAGCGGCGUGCUCCACGGCGCGGUGCCGCAGCCCCGCACGUGCAUGCCGUUUUUCUCCGGCGCCUUCCACGACGGCGCCUCGCUGCCAGAGGGGGCCGAGGGCAGCGACGGGGCGCUCGUGAGCGACAUGUUCGGCGUCUUCUGGCUGCACGGUCUCGGCGGGGCGGUGGCCGGCUUCCUGCGGCAGUGCGGCGGCUUCGGGGGCGUGGCGGCGUUGGACGCCGUGGAGCCUCCGAGGCUACUGCUCUUCAGCGAGGCGGGCGUGGCUCUGCGCCCAGGGGUCGCGGUGGCCUCCGACUGGGCCGUCGUGGCGCCCUUUGGGCCAGCACAGGACCAGAGGCACGUGGAGGCGCUGUCCGGCGCCUGCAGCCUGCGGCACGUCGAAGCCGGUGCUUGCGCUCUGCGGCUCUAUCUGGAGCUCGUGGCGCUGCACUGCGGGGUGCAGCGCCGCCAUCCGCGCCCGCUCGGUUGGUGCUCCUGGUAUUGCCAUGGCCCCACUGUGAACAUGUCGCUGAUGGAGGACUCCCUACAAAAACUCGUGGGCGAGCGGGAUCGGCGACGGCUCCCCUGCAACUUGUUCCAGCUGGACGACGGCUGGCAGAGUGCAUGGGGCGAUUGGCUCUCUCCCAAUCUGGCCAGGUUCCCUCAGGGGCUGAGGCCACUCGCCCACAAGAUAAAAAAUGUAGGCUUGACGCCUGGGAUUUGGUUAGCCCCAGCCGCUUUGGUUUCGCACUCGAGGGUGGCAAACGAGCACCCUGACUGGAUACUGCGCGCUUCGGAUGGGAAGCCCGUGAAGUGCGGUUUCACGGCCCCAGGGCUUUGGAUGCAGGCGCUCGACGUGACCAACCCAGCUGUAGUCGAGCACAUCAGCAAGGUCAUUGGGACCAUCGUCCACGAGUGGGGAUUUCGAUAUCUCAAGUGCGAUUUCUUGCAUUGCGCGUCCAUGUCCGCGGGGGUGAGGCACGACGCAACGGUGUCGCGCGCCGCAGCGCUCGAGAGGCUGAUGUCCACGAUCCGGAAGGCCGCUGGAGAGCGCGUCUUCGUGCUGGCGUGUGGCGCUCCGCUCGGGCCGUGCAUCGGGCACGUGGACGCGGCCCGCGUGUCCGCAGAUACCGCAGAGCACUGGCUGCCCAAGGGCCCGGAUGUCUGGGGGACCCGGUGGUUUUUCGCCAGGGACCGCACCAAUUUGCCCGCCGCUCGGAACAUGGUGAGGAAUACAAUGGUGCGCCUGGCGAUGGGCGAGCACCUGUGGAUCAACGAUCCCGACUGCCUCAUCCUCCGCGAGGACGUCCCCCUGGAUGAGGCGCGCGCUCUCGCGACGGUCGCAGCGAUGAGCGCGGGCUCCCUCAUCCUCUCGGACAACUUGCAGGAGAUGGUCCCCGAGCGCCUCGCGCUCCUGGAGUGCCUGGUUCCGCCACUGCCCCGCCCUGCCGAGGACGUCCGCCUGCUGGCGCCCGAGAUCCCCACCCUGCUCGCAACGAGCCUGCAGCCAAAGCCGAGCGUGGACGAAAGCAGCUGGAGCUUGGUGUCCUUGUUCAGUUGGCCCGAAGGGGACGCCGCCCCGGACGAGAUGGUCGAGCUGCCCGUGGCUGUUCCAGAGGGCGAGGCUCCGACCGAGUGGCACGUGUUCGAGUUCUGGAGCGGUUCCUACGAGCUGCUCGCCACAGCUCAUGGCAGGCCCCUCAUCCGACCGAGGAGAGCCGUGCCCGGCAGGUGCACUUGCCAGCUCCUGGCAGUGCGCCGCGUGGACCGGGCCAGGGCGCAGUUCGUAGGGUCCAACGUGCACGUAUCCUGCGGGCUCGAGCUCGGCAGCUUCGGCCAGAGCAGCUGCGGAGC